AUGGAGUACGGUGAUGAAGGCGCCAAGCCAAACAUGAUGGCUUCGGACAUGAGCGCCGACAUGAAUGCCACCGGAAGCACGAGGAGCGAUUCCCUCGGCGCCCUCGACCACACCACGCAGCAGAAUCAAAACGGCCCAAAGCCGCCCAUCAAGCGCAGAGCUCCCAUCGCCUGUAAAAGCGUCUUCCCUCAGCGCGGCCAACCGGACCUGGAUCGCGAGUAUCGACACCCUCGCAUGAGGGCCGAGAAAACCGCCAAGCGGGACGCCGAGAAGGCAAAGCGAAGCGCGUCCGUCGCGUCCGUCCCGCAGGGGCUGUCCACGCCAGCGCUCCGGAAGCCUGCAGACGAAUGGGAAUAUCUCCCGCCGCUUCCCGACAUCAUCGACGCUGUCCACAUUUUCACGCGCAAGUACUUUCAGCUUGGCUUCAUCCCGAAGGAGCUGUUCCCGCAGCAGCUGCAGCGAGACCACCGCUCCGUCAGCGUCUUCCUCCUGCUCGGCAUCCUUAGUGUUUCGGCCCGGUUCUCGCCCGCAUUGGCCCAGAGAUACCAAGGGGAAAUGAAGGCCGUCGACUACUUCAUGGAGCGGGCCAGUAACCUGGCGCUGAACGAGCUAUAUCAGGAGCCCACUCUAGAGCGUUGUCAAGCUUUCUAUCUGUUGAGUCUUGCUCAGCAAGGGAGCGGCUGGAGGAACCGAAGCUAUAUUAACAUUGGCAUUGCUACCAGGAUGGCCGUGCUGAUGCACCUUCACCGGGAAGAGUUCUACAAGAUGAAGGACCCUACCAGAGAGAUGAUUAUCAGAGCGGAAUCUGCCCGGAGAACUUUGGUGAGUCGAGCAACCCAGCAAAGCAACCCAGGGAAAAGGGCCAAUGCUAACAGCUUCCAGUGGAUGUUACACACACGACACGUGCAAGGCGUCCCUGCUAACAGCAUGAUAGGCCAAGACAACCUUCAUUGCGGUGCUCUUUCGCCCGUUUCUCUGGCCGCAAAUGAUAUAACGGCAUUGCUCCCUAGCAACGAGGAGGAUUUCGCCUACGGCCGCGAGCCACUCUCUCGUGCGGCCCUCGAGGAUACUCCACCCGCGCGCGAGAACCCUUCCCUCAUCCACCAACCGUCCCGGUCUCUGUUUGCGAGCCUGAUGCAGGCACACUACUACUGGGGCAAGGUAGCGCGCAGGGCAAUGGCAACCAUGAAAAGCGCCAAGCCCUGGGAUCCAACCAGCGAGUACGCCAUCAUGGCCAAACAACUUUGGAACUGGGAACAGCAGCUCCCACAAGAUCACCGAUGGAGCAUGGUCCUGCUCAAAGGGCACAAGUCGGUCGGCGAAGACUUGGCUUAUCUUGGAGUUACCAUGAUCACGAAGCUCUGCAACAUCGUGUUGAGAAGGGCGUAUCUUGAUAAUAUUAUCAAGACGGAUGAAAAGGAUCCCCAGCGCCGAGCCUUCUUCGCCCAGAUGUCGGACGACCUUUUUCGCAACGUACGGGAGCUAUAUGAGCAGGUCGACGCUCAGUUCAGUGUCCGGUCUUCAGAAGAGGGCGUCGGAGCUCAGAUGGCAUCGUUCUGCGUCUACAGCUGCGGCCUCUUCUCGACCUAUUUAGCCAAAUACCGGAACAUCUGCUCGGACAGGUCCAUUGUCGCCCAAGCACCAAACAUGCUGCAACGCUGCAUGUCUAUACUCAUUGAGUCCAAGCAGACGUGGCCCUUGGCCUCUCGCUGGCUUGAAUCGUUAGAACGGUUCUCGCGUGAUCCCAAAGCAGCUGCCUUCAGUCUCGAAGGCAGCAUGGCUGAUGGCAACGAUCGCACCCUUCGCCCACUGCAUCCGUCGCCUUCGAACUUCACAAAGGGGCCACGCGCAGAGGCGCCCAAGUACCAGCUUCCUGGCCCGCCGACAACGCCCUUGGACGAGAAAAAGCCGCCGCCGCCAUCACUACGAAACAACAGCACCAGCAGUAGCGCGUCCAUUAUUCUUCCUCCUCCGAGCCCGUCGCCGAGUUUACAGCAGCAGCAGAUGCAUCAGCAGAACAACACCGUCCCGUUCCCGCUUCCGCUUCCGCCGCUGGCCACCACCCACCAGCAACAGCAGCAACAGCAACUUCAUCAGCCAUACCAUCAACAGCCACAGCAUUCGCAACACCACUAUCAACAGUCACCACAACACCAAAUCCUCUCUCCUCACCAUCACCAUCAACAACAACAGGAGCAGCAGCACCGCUCUCAACAACCAAUCCUCCAUCCUCACAUGCAGCAGAUCCCCCCCGAGCUGCAACCGCACUUCUCCUCACCCAUAUAUUCCCAGGCUCCCCCGCCAUACAGCCCGAACAACGGCAUGGGCAUGCUUGUUCAGGCCGCCACCUUCGAUACGGCGAGCCCGAUCCUGGGAGGCCCGCCAUCGACAAACCCGUACGACCCGACAGCCGCGGCUGCUGUGGCCGCAUUUUACAACUCGCCGGGCUCCGCGUCCAUCGUUCUCGGUCCGGGCACCGACGGCUUCGAGUGCGAGCUGCAGAGCUGGUUCGACGGCUCGGCGCCCGUCCAGGCGACGAGCUGGAUCGGAAACGGCGCCGCGGGUCUCGGGUGGUUCGGGUCUACGUAA